AUGAGCGUCUGCCGCCCUGCACGCUGUCUCUUCACCAAGGCCACGGCCACGACGCUGCCCACGACGACGCCUUCGCCGCAACGCUCGUUCCACGCCUCGGCACGCCAACAGGCCCGCCGAAGAAGACCGCACUAUCCCUCGAUCAAGGCCGAAGACCUCAAACUGCUCAAUCAGGCGGCCGAGGCUGAGUACCCCAAGUUCGACACGGCGGAGAGUGCGCUGCUGGAGAAGAAGUACACGCCCGCGCAAAUUGCGGCCAUCAAAGCCGCAGAGGCGACCAUUGAUGCGCGCGAUGUGCUCGUUCAGGGCCAGAACCGGACGGAUCCAUGGCGUCUCAACUACGAAGACGACCUGAAUGAGGUCGAUCCCGUCACCGACCGUCCAGAGAAGUUGAUGGGCGAGGACAUACCGGGCAAGCUGACCUUCCGGCUCGCCAAUGAGGUGGAACGGGACGACGCCAUAUCCCGAAUUGCCACGCAGAACCUCGCCAAAAUGUACCCCGAUGGCAUACCCGAAGGCACGUUGGACGCAGUCGAGGAGAAGAAGCUCCAGGAGGCCAUGGAAGCCGCCCUCUCCCAAGCCGCCCUUGACCCCCGCGCCACAUUCACCUCCAAGAACCCCGCCGUCCUCGAGGCCCUCGCCGACCCCCGCCACUCCAUUGUCGCGCCCGACCUACCCCGCAUAGAGAAUCGCAUGGUGCGCCAGACGCGUCGUCUAUCGUCUGAAGAAGAGGAAGAUCCACGACAAAAGCGCCUCUUGCAGUACCUCGGCUGGGACAAGGCAAAGCUACGGAGUAUCCGCACCAAGACACUCGUUGUGCACGGUGUGACCAAUCAAACGCGCAUGGGAAAGAUUAGGAGUCUGUACUACCUGACCAUCGCAGGGAACCAGAACGGUUUGCUCGGAGUAGGGGAAGGCAAGUCGGUAGAGCCGGAAGAGGGGAGGAAACAGAGCAUCAUGAGCGCGAUUAGGAAUAUGAGGCCUGUGCCGCGCUACGAAAAUCGAACGACAUUUGGCAAUUUGGAGAAGAAGAUUGGCGCGACCAAGGUGCAAUUGUUUGCCAGGCCGCCUGGCUUUGGUCUCCGCACCCAACAUCUCAUCUUUGAACUCGCCCGCGCCGCCGGCCUGCAAGAUCUUGCUGCUAGAACACCCCGCUCGCGGAACAAGAUGAAUGUCAUCAAGGCAACGUGGGAGGCUCUCACAAGUCAAAAGUUACCCGAUGAGAUUGCUAGAGCGAGAGGGAAGAAGCUGGUGGAUGUGAGGAAGGUGUAUUAUGGUGGCUCUAUACAUUGA